UUUGUUUUGUUGUCGUCCCCUCAACAAUUUUGUUUUCUAUUCUCUUUCAGCUCAAAUAUGGACUGAAGCUCUUUAAUAUGAUGUUGUUGAGACAUUCCACAUGAACUUUGCUGUACAUGAAUUAUGAUAUGUUAUUUUUGCUAUUCUUCUUUUGUGUUUACUUGAUAUGUACACAGAAACAACUGUUACUCUGACAAUUCUUCAGUGAGUUAUUACUGAUGACUAAUUUACUCACAGUGUUCCCUGAGUUUGCCUGGAUACAAAGCAAUCUCAAAUGAAAAGUAUACACCUCCUUCUUCCCUGAUGGGUGGUGUGUAAGAUUAAACAACACAGCAAGUCAAUAAAAGGGAAUGGCAAACAAAACCUAAUGACUGGUCUCAAAUAUUCAGAAAGCUGCCAUGUGCUCAUCUUUGCGAAACAAUUUAGUCGUGGUUGUUUUGCUGUAUUCCUGUGUUUCUUCUACUCUACCCACUCCUCAGUUUUCUUUCUCCUGUCAGCUGCAGGGACAGUUUCAUCUAAAUGAGAUGCACAAAACUGGAGAUGUGGUUCUGGGUGGACUGUUUCAAGUCCAUUUCUUUUCAAGUGUUCCUGAUCUGUCUUUUACCUCGCAGCCACAACAGCCUACUUGCCAUGGUGUGUAUGUCCUAGGAUUUAAGCUUGCACAGACCAUGGCGUUUGCUAUUGAUGAGAUCAACAGAAACACAAACCUGCUACCAAAUGUGACUCUGGGAUAUACUCUUUAUGAUAACUGCCUUGAACUUGGAAUUGGAUUCCGUGGAGCAUUGUCUUUAGCCAGUGGUCAAGAGGAUCAAAUUGUAGUAGAUGAUACAUGUGUUGGAAAUCCUCCAGUCGUAGGGGUUGUGGGUGAUUCAUCUUCUACAAAUUCUAUUGCAAUCUCUAACGUCUUAGGUUUGUACAGAGUACCUAUGGUGAGUUAUUUUGCCACAUGUUCCUGCCUGAGUGACCGUCAAAAGUAUCCAUCCUUCUUUAGAACGAUCCCAAGUGAUUCUUUCCAGGUACGUGCAAUGAUCCAGAUUCUAAAACAUUUCGGCUGGACUUGGGCAGGUCUGCUCGUCAGUGAUGAUGAUUAUGGACUUCAUGCAGCCAGAUCCUUUCAGUCUGAGCUGAGUGUGUCGGGUGAAGGUUGCCUGGCCUACACUGAGGUUUUACCCUGGGACAAAGACACAGAUGAACUCAGGAGGAUCGUUGAUUUGAUGAAAACCUCUACAGCUCGAGUUGUCAUUGUCUUUGAACAUCCUAGUCGCAUGAUACACCUUAUGGAUGAGGUAGUAAGGCAAAAUGUGACAGGCCUACAGUGGAUAGCCAGCGAGGCCUGGACAGAAUCUGCUGUGCUCCAAACACCUCACUAUAUGCCAUACCUGGGUGGUACACUGGGUAUCACCAUUCGUCGAGGAGAAAUACCAGGGCUCAGGGAAUUUCUGUUACAAAUACGUCCUGAUCUACAUCACAACAGUAGCUACGGAAAUAGCUUGGUGAAUCAGUUUUGGGAAUUCACAUUUCAGUGCAGGUUUGCUCCAGCUCCAGCAGGCUGGCUGGAAGGUGGAGGUGCACUAUGCACUGGACAGGAAGAUCUAGGAAAUGUUGACACUGAGUACUUGGACAUUUCCAACCUGAGGCCUGAGUAUAAUGUGUACAAAGCUGUAUAUGCACUGGCAUAUUCCCUUGAUGACAUGCUGCGGUGCAAGCCAGGAAGAGGGCCUUUCAGUGGGAACAGAUGUGCCACUUUACAGUCACUGGAGCCAUGGCAGCUUGUUUAUUAUAUGGAAAGAGUGAACUUCACCACUCCAUUUGGCGAUCAAGUGUCAUUUGACGAGAAUGGUGAUGUAGUACCAAUUUAUGAUGUUAUUAACUGGUUGUGGCUCCCUGAUGGAAGCACUAAAGUUCAGAAUGUGGGUGAUGUUAAAAGGACAGCUUUCAAAGGUGAAGAACUCAUACUUGAUGAAGAAAAAAUCUUCUGGAACUUUGAAUCCAAAAAGCCACCUCGAUCAGUAUGCAGCGAGAGCUGUCCUCCUGGUACCCACAUGGUGAGAAGGAAGAGGGAGCCCGAAUGCUGUUUUGACUGCAUCCCUUGUUCUGAGGGAAAGAUCACUAACAAAAGCAGCUCAUUGGAGUGCACCAGUUGUCCAGAAGAUUUUUGGUCAAACCCACAGCGUGAUCUAUGCAUUCCUAAGAAGACAGAGUUUCUUUCCUAUCAUGACCCUUUGGGUAUUUGUUUGACAGCAACCUCCUUACUGGGAACAUUUAUAUGUGUUGUUGUUCUGGGGAUCUUUAUCUACCAUCGCACAACACCUAUAGUACGUGCCAACAAUUCAGAACUUAGUUUCCAGCUAUUGUUGUCACUUAAGUUGUGUUUUCUGUGUUCACUUUUGUUCAUUGGACGGCCCAGGAUGUGGACAUGCCAACUCAGGCAUGCAGCAUUUGGGAUCAGCUUUGUGCUUUGUGUCUCAUGCAUCCUGGUAAAAACCAUGGUUGUUCUGGCUGUGUUCAAAGCCUCCAAGCCAGGAGGGGGAGCCAGUCUGAAGUGGUUUGGUGCUAUGCAGCAGAGAGGAACAGUUCUGUUUCUUACAUCUAUUCAGGCAGCCAUCUGCACUACCUGGCUUGUCUCUUCCUCUCCAACUCCACAUAAAAACACCCAAUACCACAAUGACAAGAUAGUGUAUGAGUGUGCAGUUGGGUCCACUGUUGGUUUUGCAGUGUUAUUGGGCUAUAUUGGUGUGCUGGCUGUCCUCAGUUUUUUAAUUGCAUUCCUGGUGAGGAAUCUCCCUGAUAGUUUUAAUGAGGCCAAGCUCAUCACAUUCAGCAUGCUGAUCUUCUGUGCUGUGUGGGUGGCCUUUGUUCCUGCUUAUAUUAGCUCACCAGGAAAUCUUGCAGAUGCAGUGGAGGUAUUUGCCAUUCUUGCUUCAAGUUUUGGACUCUUGAUCACACUGUUUGGACCCAAAUGUUACAUAAUCCUGUUGAGACCAGAGAUGAACACAAAGAAAGCUGUUAUGGGCCGUGGCAUUGUGUCAUAAAAUUUUCAGUUCAUGUCAAAAGGAUUUAUUUGUUUUUUGCACAGUUUAGGCCAAAAAGUAAAUAAACAAAUAAAAUUAACAAAUGCUAAAUAUUAAAGACAGUUAUUUAGUCGGUUUUGUUGCUGUUCUUUUAAAAUGCAGUUUAAAUACAAAACAACCAGACUUUUCAAAGAGAAGCGUUGACUUUGUUACACUCCAUUGUAAAAUUAACCUAUUAACCUCCUAAGACCCAA